CGCCAAACGUGGCUAUUUUGCAUACAUUGCAGAUGAGAGUAGGUGGGUGCAUGACUUGGGGCUACAGCUGUAGCUUUUAUUCUGCUAUACCGGGACACAGGCAGCUCCUGAACCUGCCCUACCGAUACCCCAUGCUGAUGAGCUGGAUGGCGCAACCGAUACAGCAGAAAUUAGUCAUUCAUUUAAUUGCUGCGUAUAGGCCACAACAAAAGAUGUUGCUCAACGGAGACUGCUCUGCUGCUGACACGCUGCCGGGCACACAGGAGGGCGGAGGAGGCUGCGGUGCAACCGCUUCACACAGCCGGGUACCGGCCUGCCCGACACUCCUCCUCAUCAUCCUCACACCGACACUAUGAUCAGUACACGCAGCGGCCAGCGCACCACAGAACCGUCCUCUCUCCACAGGGUCCACGCCAUGUCCCGGCGGCUGCUGCUUGCUGUGGAUUCCGGAAGCGGAAGUUUGGGAGAAUCCCGAUUUCCACGGGGAAUGGCUACCAGAUUUUUGAAACGCCUUCGUCCCUCCACACUGAAAGAGCAAAGAGGUCCUGGUCCCCCUGAAGAACCACCAGAGACUGCAGACUUGGUGGAUGAUCCUGAAGGACUAUCUGUGCGAUUGAGCGGCACCCUCAGUUUGAGUGAAGACAGUCUAGGCUCUGGGGAGAGUGAUGGAACUGAUGUUAAAGCCACAGAAGAGCUGAAUACCAGCCCCCUUCUCACCAAGCAACAGCGAGAGAUGUGGGCAAGUACACAUGGGCACCGUGUGCCUAUCAGGCUGACAUUUGAGGUGACAGAAGCAAAUGUGGUGCGGGAUGUCCAUGCCAAAUAUGUAAUGUACACCAUUUACCUUCUGCAGUCAGGGCGGUAUGACCCCUCACCUGCCUAUAUCACCUGUCGAUACUCUGAUCUGGAGCGCCUGAGAAGAAGCCUGCGCUCCCACUACCCUGAGGAAAUGAGCAUGGUCUCAUUUCCUCACAAACGCCUACACAAGAACUUCACAGCAGAGACCAUAGCAAAGCGCAGUCGUGCCUUUGAGCAGUUCCUCUGCCACGUAUCCUCACUGCCUAUACUGCGACACUCACCGCAAUUCCUGGGGUUCUUCUAUUUACGUGACAUGCAGCGAGCACAGCAGUUUAUGCGCACAGUCUUGUACAGUUUAGCAUUACCCAUAUGGACAAACUGCUGGCACCUUCAGGAAAAGCUUUGUCCUCCAGGUCCUUCUACUCACCAGUUGCUUGUGCUUGCGGGCCUAGUGAUUUGUCACCAAGAAAUGGAUAUGCUGGCAGAUGCACAAGCGUUCAGUGAACGGGCCAUAGUGCAUUUGCAAGCGGCACAGGAGCAAUACGUGUCUCUGCUAAUUCCGUUCCUGCAGGCACACAUCCAGUUAUCUUGGAGAGUGGGGAUAGAUAAGAGGGACUCUGAAGCUGCAUUGCUAAAGCUGCAGGACAAUGGACACAAUACGCACAGCACACCCACUCUGAAAGAGUUUCUUCUUACAGAGACUAUAAGUUGAGUAAAUAAUUAAAAAGCAGCUUAUACAUUAUAUGCACUAUUCCUCUUUUUAUAUUUUAUGGGAAACUUUUUACCAGUAUAUUGUGAAUAUCUCUGUGCAUGGUGUGUGUGAUAAAGUAUAUGGAAGAUAAAAUAAAAGGCACUGUGUCCGUAACGUAAAGAAAUCACUCAGCAAAGGUGAGGAAAAAGCAGCAGAGAAUUCUGUACGCCUUACGGGCUAUAAUGGUGUUAGAGACUUUUAGGUAAGUAGAAGACUGCCACAUAUCACUACAGGUGGCACUCGUUAAACUAGCUGUCGGGAUCCCGGCUUUCAGCAUACCGGCGCCGGGAUCCCGACAACUUUUCUCCCUCUUGGGGUGUCUACGACACCCCUGGAGGGAGAAUAGAUAGCGUAGCGCGUCAAUGAGUCUGCAAGGGGCUCUAUUGCGCUCACCCCGCUGCCGGCUGUUGGGAUCCCGACGCCGGGAUCCAGACAACUGGCAAUUCGUAGUACACCCAUCACUACAAUACAUUUCCAAAAUCCAGUGCAAAUAAUUAAAUAAUGCUUUUAUUUGUUGUAAUUAUUUUCAACUGUUGCAUGUGAAGAAUGACAGUAUAAAUUAUGAAGCUGCAUGAGAGGUUACAGAUCUGGAAUGCAAUAACCACAUCAUGAAUCAGAGAUCAGAAGUCUGUAUUGAUUGGGCUGCUCUGCAAGUCUUCACAGCCUACUGGCGGUAGUACCUUGCCUCACACGGAAAACGCCUUCCUGCGCACAUGUAACUGCAAGGACCCCGUCUCGUCUCCAUAAGCGCCCAUGUACUAGUCCACGGGAGUUGCCUGUGUGGAAAAUAACAAUGAAUAAACUGCAACAUAGAAUAAAGCAAUUUCAUGAAAGUCUGCCAUCUAACAAGGAAUCGGGGGGAGUAUUUUGUACAUAUAUCUAUCAUGCAGCCUAGACAUGCCUUUGUUCCACCCUAUUCCAGAAUGCACUACUCUUCACUUACCUGCCCAGUGGCUUUCACAUUCAUAAAGCAUCCAUUCAUCAGCCCUGAAGGAAGCAUGGAACCACAUGGAAUGGUCAAGAGAAGCGAGGAAUUUCAUUCUGUACUGAAGAUGAGGCAGCUGUGCUGUUUCCAAGAAGGAAUAAUCUGAAAUAUAGGCAGCUACACAGCAGUGCAAUCGCAUGUCACCAGGACCUAAGGAACACGGGAAGAGAUUAAGAGAAGGGAGAAAAUCUAUAUUUAUCAGUUAGAUUUAUAUUCUUUUGAUAAAAAAAUUUCUACAUAAAAAAACUAAUUCAAUUACAUUUGAUAUGAAUGACAAAACUGUAUAAUAAACUAUUUUAAAAACUAUAAAA